AUGAAACGGCCUAACUUAAGGAGUCAGCUUAUAUCGUACCGCCGUGUUCUUCUCACGUCACUCUCUCUCACGCUAACCCCAUUCCUGACGUCACCGCCGAUCCAGAGUCGCACACACUAUGGCGAUUUGUUUUCUUUGCCGGCAUCGGAGGCCCGCGGGCUCUUUCAGAUGCCACCCGUUCGCCUCACCAAUCGGUACUAUUUGGUGAGAGCAGGGGAAUCUGAAUACGAAAGCAUCGGCGUAAUUAACACAAAUCCGGUGGCUAAAACGUCCAUGGACAAUGGGUUAUCUGAAAAAGGCAAGAAACAGAUAGUCAGGGCAGCUUUGGACUUGAAAUCAAUGGGUGCUUGUGAAAAUAACUGCUGGAUUUGGCCUUCUAUUACUCAGAGAGCUUAUCAAUCUGCCGAGAUUAUUGCAGCCGUUAAUGGCAUCAACAGAAGUAAUAUAGUGCCCGAGUACAGCUUCUUGGAUGCUCGGGGUUUGGGAGUGUAUGAAGGAAAGAAGCUCGACUCUGUCUCGGAGGUGUAUGCUUCGGAUAGCCUUUCACCGAACAUAAAGCCGCCUCCAAUAAAUGACGGGACGCCAAAUGAAAGCGUCCAGGAUGUAUUUGUUCGUGUCACACAACUCAUGUCCAUUCUCGAGACACAAUAUUCCGAGGACACUGUCAUUAUAGUUUCGCCGGAUUCCGAUAACUUAACCGUGCUACAAGCCGGUUUGGUUGGCCUUGAAUUACGAAGGCACAUGGAUCUUGCUUUCAGGCCUGGUGAAGUGAGGUUCAUUGAUGCAAGUAAUGUACCAACUUACAAGCAACCUGCUUCUGCUGUUUAUAAAUGCUUAAACCCUCCAAACUGCAAUUGA